CAGACACCUUGCCGGAGCAGUAGGUCGUCAGAUUUUAGGUGGGCUUCUUCCGGUCAGCACCAAACAACUUCAUGUGACCGUUUUCGCUUCCCUUUAGUUGUCAAAAGUAAGAAAUGACUUAUGUUACUGCCGUGGCAGAGCUCAAUGCUCAUUCAGGCCGCCAGUGAGGCUCCAACCACCGGCUUGUCACUCUGAGCUGGACAUUUAGCCUCCCAGCUAAAUUAGCAAAACACAGGAACUCGUUGGAGUUCGUAUUUUGGUAACAACGUAUCUCACAGCAGGUAUAUACCGUCACCAUGGCCGGUGGAAUAACAGAGACCGGUGAACCAUACUCUGCCUUUGUGGGGCUGGUGUAUAUGUUCAACCUCAUUAUCGGCACUGGAGCGCUUACCAUGCCCAAAGCCUUUGCCACAGCUGGUUGGGCCGUCAGCUUAGUGCUCAUUUCCUUUUUAGGAUUCAUGAGCUACAUGACUACGACAUUCGUGAUAGAGGCCAUGGCAGCAGCCAAUGCCCAGCUGCGGUGGAAGAGGAGAGAGCAGGAGGAGGAGAUUGACAGCGAGUCUUCAGAGUAUUCUUACGACGAUGUCAUGGUCCGAGGUCGGUCGGAGACGGAGACCAAACCCAUCCUGUCUGUUCAGAGGUCUGGGAGUCACGUUGAUCACUUUGACAUUGUGGAGAGGGUAGAGAUGGGUCAGAUGGCGUCUAUGUUCUUCAAUAAAGUUGGUGUCAACAUGUUCUACAUUUGCAUAAUUGUGUACCUUUACGGAGACCUGGCCAUCUAUGCUGCUGCUGUGCCUAUAUCACUGAUGGAGGUGGCCUGUGGAAACCAUUCUUGUAGCACUGACGGGGUGAAGUACAACGACACAGAUCCAUGUUGGGGUUCUGUCACAAGGAAAGACGCCUACAGAGUUUUCCUGAGCACAUUUACUGUACUGUUGGGUCCUUUUACCUUCUUCAGCGCACAAAAGACCAAGUAUCUUCAAAUCCUCACCUCAUUAAUGCGCUGGAUUGCAUUCACCAUGAUGAUUGUCCUGGCUCUUAUCCAAAUCACCAAACACUCUGGUAAAGGCAAUCCACCCGUAGCCUCCUUUUCGGGAGUUCCCAAUCUGUUUGGCGUGUGCGUGUACUCCUUCAUGUGCCAGCACUCGCUGCCCUCUCUGAUAACACCCAUUUCGGAAAAGAAGCACGUCGGCCGACUGGUUUUAGCAGACUAUACCCUGAUCCUGGGCUUUUACAUGCUCCUCUCCUUUACCGCCAUCUUCUGCUUCGACAGCUCCCUGCUCCACGACAUGUACACUCUCAACUUUACCGACAACUGCGAUGUGCUUGGCAUUCCAGUGCUGCGCUACUUCCUCGGCCUGUUUCCGGUCUUCACCAUUAGCACAAACUUCCCCAUCAUCGCCGUCACGCUUUGCAACAACUGGAAGACCCUGUUCCACCGGGAUGGCGGCACCUACCCCUGGGUGGUGGAUCGCAUUGUGUUUCCCCUCAUCACUCUGAUACCCCCGGUCUUGGUGGCCUUCUGUACACACAACUUGGAGUCCCUGGUAGGCAUCACGGGUGCUUACGCCGGCACAGGGAUCCAGUAUGUUAUCCCAGCCUUUCUCGUGUAUUUUUCCAGACGCCAUCUGGAACCCGUGAUGGGAAGAGAUGCUGUUAACAAGCACCAGUCGCCGUUCCGUCAUGCCUUUUGGGUGUGGUUUGUUUUGCUGUGGGCCGCCUUCUGCCUCAUGUUCGUCACAGCCAACAUUAUUUUGACGGACACGAGGAAAUGAUUUAUGAACCAUUUCUGAAACUCCCCCCCCCCAAAAAAAAAACAAAAAACAACAGUAAAUCUGUGUGGCCAGUUUCUCAGUUCUUAUACCCAAGGCCUUACCUGCUGCUGGUUGGACAGUGUGCCUUUUAUGCAGAUUUUGUUGCAUAAAUUAGAAAUGUAAAUUAUCAGUUUUAAGGGACCAAAAAUUCAUGGUUGGGUUUUAAAUUCUUAAAGUUCGCAUGACGAAAUAAGAAUUUAUUAUAAUUAUCUUUUGUAAACAAAAAAAAUUCCGAAGUCUUUCUUCGUAUUUUUUUUUUUUUUCACGUUUCCACUGUAAAAUAACUGCUUCUAAUUUUUCAUACUAAAACUUCUCUUCCACCGCAUUACCAGAAUCUAUGUGGAAUUUUCAGGGUACUAAAUGGUUUUGCGUUAUAGUGGCUUCGCACAAACGCAGUGUUCUCUGAUCUUGAUGAUGUAAGCUUAAAAAAAAGGCUUAAAUGUUUCCUAUUUUUAUGCGUCUUUUUACGCAGGUACUAAGCAACUGUUUUGAAGAGGACGAUGUUUCUGGUACUUGUACUUGGUUUCUGGUCUUUAAAGAUAAAAAGAACUCUAAAAUAGAGUUUCUUAUAAUGCCCCUGAUUCCAGAAACUAGAUUCCAAGGAUAAAAUUAAUGACAGUAAAAAUAAUUACAAUUUUGAAAAAGUACAGUUACAUCAACAAAAGUGCAAUAACAUACGGCGUCUCAAGGACUCAAGGUGCUUAAAUAAAACAAAACUAGUUUGUUAUAGGAAAAACAACUUUCCCUGAGAGUCAAGAGUCAUGAAUAUAACAGCAGAACAGGCAACUUGCUGGUUUACCGUAUUUUCCGUACUCUUAAGUUUCACUUUUUUUUUUUCUUCUAAACUUUGGCUGGGUUUUUGACUUAUUCUCAGGUGCGACUUAUAUAUUAAAAUAUAUAAUUUCUCAUGUUUAUUAUUUUCACACUGACGCAAUCUAGGCUUGUGUGCCAGUAUCUGCUACUCCUGUACCACUGAAAAACACCGCUAGAGGGCACUAGUGUGACUUUUACUUUAGAGCGACUUAUAUAUGUUUUUUUUCUUCUUCAUUAUGCUUUUUUUGGCUAGUGCGACUUAUACUCUAAAGCGAGUCUAGAAAAUACGGUACUCAUUUAAAAAAAAAAAAAAAAAUUUAAUGUUCAAAAUGUCACGAGUUAAUAAAGCAGAUUGUAGGUCUAUUUGCUCACAUUUGUAUAGUAUAUACCAGUAUAUCUGGUCUGGUUUUUUUACAUUCUGUUGUCUGAUUGGUCUAAACUUUUACUGGACUGUGGCAGAGAAUUAGAAUAGUGGACGGUUUCUCAGGCCAGUGCAGCAGUAAGCAUAAAUGCAACCUGGGAAAUGGCUUUUAAAUCCCCGAGCAUAAAAGCCCUUUAUAGACAAAUGCUCAGCACACAUCUGUUCAAAAAGUCUGCACAGAUUCUCAUUGAUGCAGCUCAUAGUACUUCAAAGUGGGUGAGUCAGUGAUGCUUGGAGUAUGGUUGAAAAUGUCUGACCUUUUAUACAGGAAAGUUCUUUAGUGUGCAUUAAAAAAAAAAAGAAAAGACAUUUUCAGAGUUGAUAAUCAAAUAGACAAUUAUCAUUCAAAUAUCUGUGGGAAUUAUUAUUAUUUUUUAAUCAGAAUUUGCAAAAAAUGUCAUAUCUGCAGUUAUUACUAGCGUUAUACCAUCAGU